AUACAAAGAAUUAGGUUAUUCCAUAGAUACGGACGCGAAAGAAAAAACAGGGAGCCGCUAUUCAGUAUCAGCUUUGCUUACUCGUUAAUGGAGUUUACAGCUUUUUCUUCUUCUUCUUCUUCUUCUUCUUGUUCUAAUUCUAGGGUUUUCAGUAACAGAUGUUUAACAGCACCGCUGCCAACAAAACCUGGUUUACAAAAAUUAACAUUUCUAAAUAAUCCUUCAAAUGCUUCACUUCGUUUCUUCUCUUCACAGUCCUCUCGCGUUUUUUAUUCCUCUUGCAAGUCUAGCUUGAAAAACGAAACUCCCGUCUCUGUUUCCGUCAAGAUGGCUGCACGUGAUUUUGAGUUAUCGAAUUUAACGGCAUUAUCGCCUUUGGAUGGACGGUAUUGGAGUAAAGUUAAAGAUUUAUCGCCUUAUAUGAGUGAAUUUGGGCUAAUCUACUAUCGAGUUCUUGUUGAGGUUAAAUGGUUGCUGAAGCUUUCACAAAUUCCUGAAGUCACUGAGGUUCCCAACUUUAGUGAUGAAGCUCAGUCUUAUUUGCAAGGAUUGAUUGAUGGGUUUAGCAUGGAUGACGCCUUGGAGGUGAAAAAUAUUGAGAAAGUGACGAACCAUGACGUAAAAGCAGUGGAGUACUUCUUGAAAAAGAAAUGCCAAUCACAUUCAGAGAUUUCUAAGGUGCUUGAAUUUUUCCACUUUGCUUGCACAUCUGAGGAUAUCAACAAUCUGGCCCAUGCAUUGAUGCUGAAAGAAUCAAUGAAUAAGGUUAUUUUUCCUGCAAUGGAUGAAUUGAUCAAAGCAAUAUGCAACAUGGCUGAAGAUAAUGCUUCUGUUCCAAUGCUUUCUCGCACUCAUGGACAGCCAGCUUCACCUACAACUUUGGGAAAGGAAAUGGCAGUUUUUGCUGCUAGGUUAAGCGAACAAAGGCAGGAAAUUUCUCAAGUUAAGAUAAAGGGGAAGUUUGCUGGUGCAGUUGGAAAUUAUAACGCCCAUCUUGUUGCAUAUCCUGAAGCCAACUGGCCUCUAAUUGCUAAAGAAUUUGUGGAAUCCCUAGGACUGUGCUUUAAUCCUUAUGUCACUCAGAUUGAACCACAUGACUAUAUGGCAAGACUUUUUCAUGCAAUUAUCACAUUUAACACUAUAUUGAUUGAUUUUGAUAGAGAUAUAUGGGGCUACAUAUCCUUAGCAUACUUCAAGCAGAUAACUAAGGCUGGGGAGAUUGGGUCCUCAACUAUGCCUCACAAAGUAAAUCCUAUUGAUUUUGAAAAUAGCGAAGGUAAUCUUGGAAAAGCCAAUGGAAGUUUAUCCCAUCUCAGUGAGAAGUUGCCUAUUUCACGUUGGCAGCGUGACUUGACUGAUUCAACUGUUCUGAGGAAUAUGGGCGAGGGCUUGGGACAUUCUCUUCUUGCCUACAAAAGUGCAUUGCAGGGAAUAGGAAAGCUCCAGGUGAAUGAAAGUCGCUUGAGUGAAGACUUAAACCAUUCAUGGGAGGUGCUUGCUGAACCUAUACAGACUGUUAUGCGGCGAUACGAUGUUCCAGAGCCUUAUGAGAAGCUUAAAGAGCUGACCAGGGGAAGAGCUGUUACCAAAGAAAGUCUGAGUGAAUUCAUUGAAGGCUUGGAAUUGCCAAAAGAAACAAAAGCCUAUCUUUUGCAGUUGACCCCCCAUUCCUAUGUUGGAGAAGCUAUUGAAUUAGCUAAAACGGUGAAUAUCACAAUGAAUUUAGUAAAUGGGGUGAGAGCUCUAUAAUAUGAUAGUUGAAAGUUGCCCAAGACUAUUAUUAUCUUGGCGUAAGAUCAGACCAUAUAGCUACAUGGUAAGCGACCAAGUAGAUUGUUGUUAUCGAAACUGAUCAGCAUCACAUGUGCUGCCACAGUAAGGGGCUCCCAGUCUUGUAAGGCAAAAAUUAGGGAGUUCUGCUUUUCAAAAUUUUCACAAGAAUUAGCAGUUCUCACCACUCAGAACAGCACACUUUUUCUGGUCUCUUAAACCCAAUAUCUUACUGCUGUAUCAAACAAUGGCCCCUUGGAGAUAUGAGGGCCAAAAUUUUUGUAAAUCGGAUUUAUCCUGUUGAGUUUGUAAUCAAAAUGCUUGAAUUUUACGUGUGCA